AUGCCGCCGCCGCCGCAUAUUAAGCCCGAGAAUAUCCUCAAGCGGGCUCAAGAACUCAUCGCCGUAGGCCAGUCCCCUGCUGCCCUGAACGUCCUUCACGAACAUGUCACCUCCAAGAGGACGCGCAGCAGUCCCAUCGCCUCGCUCGAGCCGGUGAUGCUGCUGUUCGUUGAACUCUGCGUCGAGCUCCGUAAAGGGAAGGCCGCCAAGGAUGGUCUCUAUCAGUACAAGAACAUCGCUCAGAACACCAACGUGGGAACUAUCGAGACCGUCCUGAAAAAGUUCAUCGAACUCGCCGAAAAGAAGGUCACCGAGGCCCAGGCCAAGGCCGACGAGAUUCAGUCUUCCCUCGAGUCCGCCGCUCCCUCGUCGAACGUUGAAGAUCUCGAAGCCAUCGAAACUCCCGAGACUAUUCUGCUCGCCACCGUUUCUGGUGAGCAGUCCCGUGACCGUACUGACCGUGCCGUCGUGACCCCGUGGCUCAAGUUCCUGUGGGAAACCUACCGUACCGUUCUCGAGAUCCUGAAAAACAAUGCCCGUCUCGAGGUUAUGUACCAGACCACCGCCCUGCAGGCCUUCCAGUUCUGUCUCAAGUACACCCGCAAGACUGAGUUCCGUCGUCUCUGUGAACUCCUCCGGAACCACGUUCAGAAUGCCGCCAAAUACUCUGCUCAGAUGCAUGCCAUCAACCUGAGUGACGCCGACACCCUGCAGCGCCAUCUCGACACUCGCUUCCAGCAGCUCAACGUCGCCGUCGAGCUGGAGCUCUGGCAGGAGGCUUUCCGCAGUAUCGAGGAUAUCCACACUCUCUUGAGCCUGAGCAAGCGCCCCGCCAAGAACCUGAUGAUGGCCAACUACUACGAGAAGCUCACCCGUAUUUUCCUCGUUAGCGAGAACUACCUCUUCCACGCCGCUGCCUGGAACCGGUACUACAACCUUCUGCGUCAGUCUUCCGUGACCUUGGCCAGUGGCCAAGGUAGCAAGAAGGACAACCCCUCCGUCUCUGAGACCGAAAUGACCAAGGCUGCCUCGUUCGUCCUCUUGUCUGCUUUGGCUAUUCCCGUUAUCAGCACUUCUCGCUCUCGUGGUGCGUUGGUCGAUGUUGACGAGGCCCGCAAGAACAAGAACACCCGUCUCACUAACUUGCUGGGCAUGGCCACUCCCCCCUCUCGUUCUGUUCUCUUCCGGGAUGCCCUUAACAAGGGCUUGCUCAGCCGCGCCCGUCCUGAAAUCCGUGACUUGUACAACAUUCUCGAGGUCGAUUUCCACCCGCUCUCCAUUUGCAAGAAGAUCACCCCGAUCCUCACGAAGAUCGGUGCCGAUCCCGAGAUGGAGAAGUACGUCCUGCCCUUGCAGCAGGUCAUCCUUACCCGUCUCUUCCAGCAGCUCUCCCAGGUCUAUGAGUCGGUUGAACUCAAGUUCGUUUAUGAGCUCGCUCAAUUCCCUGACCCCUUCCAGGUCACUCCUUCCAUGAUUGAGAAGUUCAUCAUGAACGGUUGCAAGAAGGGAGACCUCGCCAUCCGUGUGAACCACACCUCGGGCGUUCUCACUUUCGAGACCGAUGUCUUCUCGUCUUCCAAGGCUCUGCACCACGGCAGCGCUGCCGGCUCUGCUGAGAACGAGGUUGGCGCUGUCCAGCGUCUGCAGAACACUCCUGCGGAGAUCGCCCGUAUGCAGCUUACCCGCCUCGCCAAGACCCUCCAUGUUACUUGCAUGUACGUUGACCCUGCUUACAACGAGGCCCGUAUUCAGGCCAAGCAGACUGCCCAGGCCCGUGCUGAGGCUGGUCUGGCUAAGGAACACGAGGAGACCUUGGCUCGCCGUGCUGUUAUCGAGAAGAAGAAGGAGGCCGCUACCGACGCCGUCCAGCGGAAGCAGCGUGAGGAGGAGGCUCGCAAGCGUAUUCGCAACCAGCAAAUCCAGGAGGCUGAGAAGCAACGGCUGCUGGAUGAGCAACGCGAGCGUGAGAUGAAGCGUCUCCGGGAUGAGCAGGAGCGCAUCCGUCAGCAGGAACUCAAAAAGCAGAUCGAUGAACUUAAGACUGGUGUCAAGGGCAUUGACCUCAGCGAAAUCGACUUGCAGGACCUCGAUGCUAACCGCCUGCGGGCCAUGAAGUUGGCCCAGCUUGAGAAGGAGAAGAACGAGCUGAACGACAAGGUGCGCACCAUUGGCAAGCGUAUUGACCACUUGGAGCGUGCUUUCCGUCGCGAGGAACUCAAGCACGUUCCCGAGGACUACGAGGCUCAGAAGAAGCGCGACUUGGAGCUGUAUGAGGCCGUCAAGGCCGAAACUCUCCAUGAGGCUGAGCUCAAGCACAAGGAGGCCGUCGCUCUCAAGCACCGUCUCAGCCGUGUGGUGCCUUACUUCAACAGCUUCCGCAAGGAAGUCUCCGAGAAGCGCCACGAAGAGUUCGAGAAGCGCCGCAAGGGCGCUGAGAGAGAAUUUGAGGCUAAGAAGAACCAACGUGUCAAGGAGGUGCGGGAGCGCCGUCGCCGUGAGCGUCUGGAGCGUGAGGCUGCCGAGCGCCAGCAGAAGGAAGAGGAAGAGCGCAUCGCACGCGAGGAGGAAGAGAGAACCGCCAAGGAGGAAGAGCGCAGAAGCCGUCUCGCCGAAGAAAAGGCUAAGCGCGAGGAGGAGAGAAAGAGACUUGAUGAGACCGCCGCCCGCCAGAGGCAGCGUGAGGAGGAAGCAGAAGCCCGUCGUGCCAUUCGCAGAACAGAGCCUGCUGCUCCUGCUCCUUCUCGUACCGAGCCCGAACGUAGCGAACGCCCGCGUCUUAACCUUGCUCCUCGCACCGGUGGACCUAGCUGGAGAGAGCGUCAAGCCGCCAAGGAAGCCGCUGGCGGCCCUGCAGCCCCGGCCCCCGCUGAUGCUGCUCCUGCUGCUGAACAACCCAAGGAGGACGUCCCGCCUCUUCGGAAAACUGGCGGAUAUGUUCCUCCGCACCUGCGUGGUAACGCAACCCCGGCCGCUCCCGCUCCCUCGAACGGUGCCCAGCCGGAGCGUGAGCGUUUCGUGCCCCGUCGUGCGGAAGCGCCCGCCCGCCCCCAACCAUCCGACGAACCCAAGCCUGCGACUCAGAAGUGGACGCCCCGGUGGAGGCAGCAGCAAUAG